AUGGAGUCUGAACGAGACCUGUGGGCGCUACCAUACUACCAUGGAUUGCUUCCGCGUGAGGACACUGUUGCAAUGCUCAAGGCGAAUGGCGAAUUCCUGCUCCGAAAGAGUGAAGAGAAUGCAGGCGAUGCUAGAACGUUCGUCCUGUCGGUCGUCUACGGCAACGUCAAGCACUAUAUCUUCCGUGAGGAGAAAGGACGCUUCUCCAUCGAUUUCAAAUCAGACAAGGGCUACAAAACAUUGAGGGAUUUUGUCGACAGCCACAUGCAAAGCCGUCAACCUGUCUGCUCGGGGAGUAAUGUCAUCAUCACCAAACCCAUGUCGAGAAAGGAAUGGGAGCUUGCGCAUGCAGACAUUAUCAGUGGAGCAAGGCUGGGAGCAGGCGCAUUUGGCAUCGUAAGACGCGGAGAGCUCAGGAUCAGCAAAACUGAGAAGGCGAAAGUAGCCAUCAAAGAGGCGACACUGACCAAGUGUACAAAGGAGCAGAUAAAGGAGUUCAUGAACGAGGCCCGUAUAAUGCGCAAGUUCAAGCAUCCAAACGUCAUCCAGUCUUAUGGUAAGUUUCGGGAUGAAGUCUCAUGUCUUUUUUAA